AUGUCUGUAUUCAAGGCGGUAACGCCUACCAACAGUAUAAUAAUGCGGUGGGCUCCCAAAAACAACAUGCCUCCCGUCGCAAGCCGCUACCUAAACGCACUCUCUCAUCCAAUCCGACCCAAGAUUGUCCAUCUCUGCGGGCACCGAGAUCGCAAUACAUUAUGGUGGCGGGUUUCAGUGACACAGCUCCAGCAGCACAAGCGGGUGGUCCGUUCCUGGUGCGCACGUCGAGUGCGUGUUGCUAUUGAGCAAGCUCUCAAGCAGCAUGGAUUGGACAAGUCAGGGAAACCGCUCGUCUCGGAGUCCCCUCUGCACAAGACCAAUGUGACCGGGACUCUAGAUAUCCUCGUUCAGUUGCCGUGCGUGACUCAGAAAAUGGAUUCGCUUCAGGAAGAUGCGAACAAUCUAAUAUCUUCGUUUCUGGAACAUGAAGCAGCAAACAAGGUCAAUGAGCCGCAGCCAAAGUCCAAUUCCAAAGCUAAAACCCGGCCAUCGUGGACAAGACCAUAG